GACAACGUCACACAUCAAAAUACUAUUUCUUGCAACAGAAUUCUUCAGAUCCACCAUUAAAGAACUGAUCUUGCUUCAGUGUCUUCCUCGUAUCCAUGUGGGCUGUGAAAAAGUUUGAAGCUUCCUUUGCUGUGGACAUGUGGGUUUUUUUUUUAAGUGUAAUAAAAUUCGAUUCUCUGGUCACAUAGAUCCAAAAAAAUUCUCUCGAAUGGAAAGUUCCACGGACAAGAGAAGCUAUGGAUUCGGUCAAGAGGAUACAGAAAUUGCUUGCUCUGGCAAGGCAACUAACUUCCACUUUCAUUACAGACUUCUUGGCUUUCCAGUUCACAAAGCUGGACAUCGGUUUUGAUACACUUCACUGUUAUAUGAAUGAAAAUGCAAGUGUUUUCUGCGAAUAACGUAUCGGGUUCCACAUAUCAUACGAUCUCAGAAUCUGAAGGAGCGGAGAUUCAUUCUUGAUUACCCUUUCGAGUUCGUUAAAAUUUUUGAAAUUACAGUGCCAUUGUGGAAGCUGUCAAGGUAGAUGGCCUUCAGAGGCUAAGUUCAUCUCUGGAGCCAUUGUUUCGACGAAUUGAGAUUUCAAAGACGAGGAUUGGACGAGAGAGCGUUUCGAGAGCUUCCAAGUGAGAGAACGCGAAGGGAAACGCCAAAUCUUGUCCGGCAAAAUGCAACUGACGCCAAAAGGAGGUGUCAGAACUCUCGGAGAGCUAACUUGAACCAAUAACUCAAGCUGGAUCAGAAGCAGAAAGUUCAGACUCGGUGUUAAGGUUGCGUUCGGGUAUUGUGAUGGUUUUCGCAUCUGUGAAGCUAAGACCGAGCCUUUUGCCGUGAAAGAUCAUAGAGGAGAAUGGUAUUCGUAAGAGUUUUUCGCAUCGGUUUUUUCUGAAAUUUGCGUUGGUUAUGCAGUAUACAAGAAACACUGCAAUCUCAUCGAACUGCGAAUAGUUACACAUCUGUCUAUCAGUUACCUGCAUUGCCCUGCAACGUUCAGGACUACUCUUCAAUGGCGAGUUCCGUGGUUUCGGGUUCGUAUGACGUUGAAGACUGGUGCAAAACGAGAGCCGGGCAAGGGCUUGAAGCCGUUUUCGCUUAGGAAAUCCGACUCAGGAGCUCGGAAAUGCUCGAGAGCGACGAUAUGCAGAAGCUUCUCAAGACUUUUGGGACCGGUGCGAACACGAUGGGGGUAUCCGCCAUCCCUUACAAGGCUCAGAUCAAUAAUGGGUACGGGAGAUAAAGCGGUAGAGGUUCGGGAAAGGCGGUGAUUGCCGGUCCGUUGAGAUGGGGAAUCUUCGUACGGAAGAAAGCUGCAGAGAGAAGGCCUCAGCUAGUGGAGAUUGACUGAGAAACCGAAACAGAGGAACUGAGAGGUCGUUAAUGGCGGAUCAAAAGCUGUGGAAGACUAUAUAUAUAUAUGUAUGUAUGUAUUGUGUUUGUGUGUUGUUCAUGUUUUGAUGAUAUUUAUUAUUUUCCACCUCUGGUGGGAUGACAUUUCGGGAAAAACUUUAUAGAUUUGUAUAAUCUAAUCAAUCAUAAACAGAAAAAA